CACAUCAUCCCGAAUUUCAAAUGACGAUAUCAUCAUACCUACCCGUAGUGUAAGUCUUUUCUUUUAACAUUGUAACAGCACGCUGCCGUCAAUUUUCCGUCGAUUUGCUUAGACAAGCGGACGGCUCUUCGAACAUACAAUCGCCUUCGCAAACAUCCAUUCAUUGGCGUUGGUGCACCGUCGUUCGUGUUUAUCCUUUUCUUCUUCUUCUUCUUCUUCUCUGUUUAUGUUGUUACCUCCGACCCCGUUGAGCUCGACACACGGCCACGAGAAGACGGAUAGUCCGCGCCAGCGGUGAUAUACAAAGAAGCAAGAAGCCAAAAAUGUCGGCGAUAGACCCAGGCGCGUCAUCUAUCACCGUCGCAGUUCGAGUGCGACCCUUCACAAUCAGAGAAGCCGCUCAGAUACAACGGCACGACGAUGGAACAGUAUUCCUAGGCGACGGCUCCCUAGCAGGCGCCCCAACACCUAGACUCAAACAGGGCGGAAUUCGGUCUGUUAUCAAAGUCAUCGAUGACAGGUGUUUAGUAUUCGACCCUCCAGAAGAUAACCCCAUCCAAAAGUUCUCGAGGUCUGUAGUGCCCCAGGGUAAAAAGGUCAAAGAUCAAACUUUCGCCUUCGAUCGUAUAUUCGAUGAGAACACGACGCAAACAGAAGUAUACGAGGCCACGACCAAGGGACUUUUGGACAGUGUACUCGACGGCUACAAUGCCACAGUUUUUGCAUACGGAGCCACAGGAUGCGGCAAGACACACACCAUCACAGGUACAACACAAAUGCCCGGUAUCAUAUUUCUCACGAUGCAGGAGCUCUUCGAGAAGAUCAACGACUGCAGGGACGAGAAACACACCGAGAUAACACUGUCAUACUUGGAGAUCUACAACGAGACCAUUCGGGACCUCCUCGUUCCUGGUGGGAGUAAGCAAGGCUUAAUGUUGCGCGAGGAUUCCAACCAGGCCGUUACUGUCUCGGGCCUCACUAGUCACCAUCCAAAGGAUGUACAGGAAGUUAUGGAUAUGAUUGUCAAAGGAAACGAAUACCGGACAGUAUCCCCAACCGACGCCAACGCUACAUCAUCACGAUCACACGCAGUACUACAGAUCAACAUCGCUAUGAAAGACAGAAACGCGGCCGUAAACGAACCACACACUAUGGCCACACUGAGCAUUAUCGAUCUUGCUGGCAGUGAAAGAGCUAGCGCUACCAAGAACCGAGGUGAACGACUGAUUGAGGGUGCCAAUAUCAACAAGUCCCUGCUAGCUCUGGGAGGCUGUAUCAAUGCACUAUGCGACCCUCGGAGAAACUCACACGUACCAUAUCGCAACAGCAAACUGACUCGUUUACUGAAGUUUUCUCUGGGCGGCAACUGCAAGACGGUCAUGAUUGUCUGUGUCAGCCCAUCGAGUGCUCACUACGACGAGACACAAAACACCCUUCGAUACGCAAACCGAGCCAAGAACAUCCAAACCAAGGUCACAAGGAACGUCUUUAACGUGAAUCGUCACGUCAAGGACUACCUGGUCAAGAUUGAUGAACAGAGGACUCUAAUCAACGAGCUCCAAGCCCAGAUGAAGGACUCCGAGCAAAGAUUCUUCGCCAAAUUCCGCAAGCAGAUGGAGAAAAAAGAUGCUUCAGUGCGCGAGGGUGUGCAGAGGAUUCGAAUUGCUUACGACAACUCGCUGGCUGAGCGUCAAGACAAAGUGGCACACAUGAAGAAACUACGGGGCAUCGAGCGACGUAUCGGCUUGCUCUCUUCCUGGGUUGCCGCAUUCGACACAGUUUGCGACACCCGCGAAGACGAGGAUGCGAUGCCUUCGACUCUAUCAACUAUGCGAAAAACGGCCCAAGGAAUUCUUCUCGAGCUAGAAAAUAGCAGACAUCACCUCCAUCAAAAGUUGAACAAGACGAACUGGGAGCGCGCUAUUGACGGAGCUCUGCAGCACAGUAUUAGUCAACUUCCCAAUGAUGGUGGCGACACAGGUGAGAUUGCUAGUUUGACCAGGGAGGCGGAAUUGGUUAAAUCCAACUUUGCUCGAGAGGCAUAUCGGGAAGUCAUGGAACAAGAAAAAGCCGGCGAUGCAGCUACAGUCCAGGCCUUAUUGACUGCUCAAUUUGAGAUACUCACAUCGCUCUCCGAGACUAUACACAUGAGCGAAGAAGAAGCAGUUGCGCAUGCCCGGGAUAUCAUCCAUCGCAUGCUGGAGACAGGGUUCUCAGCUGCGUCUCAGGUAGUUAAACCAGACGGGGCAAAGAUGCAAAUAGAAGCAUACCCGCCUACCAAGCGCGGAACACCAAAGCGGAAGAGGAAUUCAAUCCUAGCUAAGGAUCUGGUGAAGCCAAUUCCCAACCCAGCACUAGCUGCUGUCGCGGCAUCUGAGCCAUCAUCAUCCCAAGUAUUCCUUUCGCCCAUAAAGGGGUCGCCUCGUCGUCGGAAGGCUGUGAACCCUCGUAAGGGAGUUUCCUUCUCUUCUCCCAAGAAGCGGACGCCGUCGAAACGGUCAGUGCGCUGGCGUGAUGACGACGGCGAGGAUACACUCGCGGACUUUGAAAAGACACCUCAGAAGCUUUCGCCUGUAUCGGAACACGUUUCACCUGAGAAGCCCUUGCCUCAGAUCCGCGAGAUUCUCUCCCCAGUCAAGGAAAACGACGACGCGGCUGAAGAGUCCAGCCCGUCACUACUCGUCCCUGAGAUGACGAGUCUCACAAGUCUCCCCUCGAAACCAAGCAGAUUCCAAGCCGGAUUCCUGUCAAAGACCAGACAAUCCACAAGCGGCGCCUCCCCUGUCGCGCCAAAAAUGUCGCUCAACCUUGGAUCUCCAUCAAGCGGCGACGAGCGAGCGAGUCCGCUGCGCAACCUGGAUAUCUCGAGCGCUGCUAAUAUCAGGGCCCCAGGAAGGCGGUACACAUCCCUCAGUCCCAAGCCGAACUCCGCUCCAUUCCCCACCUCACUCCCUGUUCCAUCCCCAUCUUCAGGAGACGAGAACCAUCCCCCUUCUUCCUCCGACUCCGAGACCUCGGCGCUGAUCGAUUCCUCAAAACUCCGCUCCGCUAUCCACGCGAACAAGAAACCGAGACGCAUGUCCUCGCUUGCCUCGGCCACGAUGAGCAGCGCAGGAGGAGCUAAUCUCCGACGCGUGUCAAGCGUGAGUUCAUUCGGUGGUCAUAGGGCCAGUAAUGCGUAUCAUUCUUCGUCGUCGCUGUCGUCGAGCGCGAACGGGGUCUCGAGAUUGAGACGUGGGAGCGCGGAACGGAGGAGGAGCCCGCCUAUCCAUUGCUCGCCGCCGGACCUGCAUCUCCGCGAUAACCAAGGGUCGAGAACGGCGGCGUUGACGAACGGACAGGCGCGACGGAUGAAUCUGGGAAGUAGUUCACUUCGAGUCUCUGGAUGGGGGAGUCCGGGCGAGAAGGAGGCGGAUCACGGAAAGCAAGGCCCGCGACGGAUCACUAUUGGUGGUGCGGCGAUGGCUGGUGCCGGUGCGAAGAGUAAGGGGGGACUGAUCUGGCGGUGAGAUUCAUGUGCUGGAAAUCGGUCGUUGUUGAUUAACAGAGGAAGAAGAUGAAGCAUUGCUUGGAGUUUCGGCUGGGCUACCUACUUAGUAUAUCCGUGGAUAAGGAUUCUUGACGUUUUCGUUUACGUUCUUGUUCUCGUGGCGUUGUAUGGGAGGAGUUUUUU